AUGGGCGAAGCCCUCGAUCUUAACCUUUAUCCGUCGUGUUACAAUUGCUUGAGCUGGUCUGACGACGGGGAGCUGGCAGUAGCAGCUGGAGACACGGUCCAUUUACAACUCCCCCAAUGGAAACCAAAGUAUGUCCAUCCCCUCUUCGAAAAAGAGAAAUCAAUGCCCUGGACUUCCACCAAAGUCCGCACGAACGUCUUCACCCACCAAGAAUGGAAAGUCAUGAUGCCCAGCGGCCGAGAUGAAUUCUCCAUCGGCGCCGAGCAAUCACAAAGCACCGUGUCUCAACUAGCGUGGUCGCAUCAGGGCCUGGGACUGCAUCGGCGGUGCGUGCUUGCUGUAUUGACGUCUAAUCUUUUAUUGUCGCUAUAUGAAGCGGAUGGCAAGAGACGGACCUGGUCUCGCGUUUGCGUUGUCAAUAAAGCGCUUGAGAAGUAUUUUGAAUCGAAAGAUAGAUCCAAAUCGAUUGGCACAUCUAGAAUUCGGUCAUUCGCUUGGUGUCCGCCAUUGAGGAAUGAUGCUAGUGGCGAGAAUGACCGUGCAGAUGUGCGAUGGGGCGAGCAGUUGCUUACCAUUGCAACGGACCGCAAUGAUAUUGUUCUGGUUCAUGUGAAACGAAAUAAUUCAUCGAAUGCUCUUGCAUGGAGGUAUUCUAUCGAUGUCAUUGAUCAUGCCGAAUUGGGAACUCUGGAUAGAGUGUACAGCCUGGUCCCUAACGGGUCAUUGUGGGCUGAUGCAUUGAGCUCCAAGGCCAAAAUACUUAAUAUUUCGUGCGGCCCUUGGAGCAGAAUUGACUCAGAAAGAUCCGGAAUAAAAUAUCAAGCCCUGAUUUCAUUGGUACUUGGAGGCAACUUGCAUCUGGUCAAUGUGCAGGCCAGUUUGAGUUCAGGAGAUGGAUCGGCAAUCUCAAUUGAGGGACAAUUAACAUUUAAUACCACUGUCUUAUCUUUCAAAAGCCUGGAAUCUAUCAAUUUUACUGGACCACUACAGUGGCUACCUGUAGACGAGACGAGAGUCUUGCUGAUAUCAGGCUAUGUCGGUGGGCGAGCCACUCUUCUCUUCGAUCAGAAUGCAUAUGUGAAGUCAUCCAUGCAGACUGAAGUCGAUGGGAACAACAUUUUUUUUCAUCAACGAUCAUUCGAGGACAAAGGAUACAACAUUAUGGGCACUAUGUAUUCGCAGUGUAAUGAACCUAUAUCCGGAAUUGUAGCACCGGAAUCGUCUACAGUUUCUCACGAUACUCGUACAAUCUACCUGACAUCCCUUGGCCGCUUCUCCGAAGCAACCCCUCUCUCCACAACCGGUACAUUACUAGAAGAGAGCCUGGUCAAGACCCAACCCCCUUGGGUAGACCAAGUAGAGCGCUAUAGGCAACGAUAUAGCAUUCAAUACGAACUAGGCGACAUGACAAUCGUACGAACAUGGGGCCUCGCCACAUUCGACGGCUGGACUGCCGUUGCCUUCACGAUGCAUCCAGGGGACGUACUCGAAUACACGAUUAGAGCCGAGGAGAGUACAAUCAUCCUGUUCACGCCACCAGAGCCUAGUGCAGUAUUUCCCAAACCCGCCGACUUAUCGGACCAGCGAAGUGAUCUCCGCUCCGCCAGACUCACCUAUUCAGCAUGCGUAUGCGCGAUAAACGCGAAUUAUGGCGCACAACAAGAAAUAUCCAAGAACGAACCCUUGUUAAGCAUAGCCCGUCAAGCUUUGACAUAUCUAUCAACCAUUUUCGAGCUUCCAGUCGACGAAGAAAUAUCAUACUGUGAUAUCAACAAGCCCAGCACCGACCCGGUACUCUACUCCACACCAAAACCAGCAUCUACGCUUGAAGGACCGACAGGAUGGAUCUACGAAAGAUGCCAUACAUGUUUCCGCCGUGGAAAUGGAAAUGUAGGUCUAAGCUGGCGGGACCAAAAUACAACCAUUUGUGCGAAUGGUCAUACAUGGAAUCGAUGCGCCCUAACAUUCCUCGCAAUUCAAGAACCGUAUAUUUCCAUGUUCUGUUCUGUAUGCGAUAUGAGCGUCCUCUCGCGAGAUGAGGGUAUUGAUUAUACCCUAGAAGGGCGGAAACAGGCCGCCCAGGAUAGCAACAGGAAGGAAGUUUACGAUUCGCUUUAUGAUCGAUAUGAUACUUGUGCGUAUUGUGGGGGGAAGUAUCAAGAUGAGUAG